AUGGGUUCCUCAGUGAAUUAUGACGUGGAGAACGGAGAAACGGACAAACCGAUGUUAGGAACUACAAGUUCGGAGUCCGAUGUUUUAUCUUGUGUUCGGUUCCGGAUGAUUAGGGAUUUUGUGGCAAAUGUUCGAAAAGUGAUAUUUGGAACCAAGCUUUUGGUGCUUUUUCCGGCCAUUCCAAUGGCGUUUGUAGCUCAUUAUUACAGCUUGGAUAGACCAUGGAUAUUUGGUUUAAGUUUGCUUGGGUUGACUCCACUUGCAGAACGUCUAAGUUUUCUAACCGAACAAAUUGCACACUUCACAGGCCCUACAGUGGGUGGAUUGGUGAAUGCAACAUGUGGGAAUGCAACAGAGUUGAUAAUAGCAAUGUUUGCUCUCCACAAAAGGAAAAUCCAUGUCCUCAAAUACUCGCUUUUGGGUUCCAUCAUCUCAAACCUCCUCCUUGUUCUUGGCUCCUCUCUCUUAUGUGGUGGCAUUGCAAACCUCAACAAACAACAGAAAUUUGACCAUAAACAGGCAGAUGCGAACACCUUCUUGUUGUUGCUUGGUCUGCUAUGCCAGAUCGCGCCAUUGCUGUUUAAUCUCAACACCAUGGAAUAUUCACCCAAAUCGGAUGGCACUUCGAUUCUACAUCUAUCAAGAGCUAGCAGCAUUCUCAUGUUGUUUGCAUAUGUAGCAUAUCUCUUCUUUCAACUGAAAACCCACACUCAACUUUUUGAAUCACAGGAGGACCAUGAGGUAGAUGAUAAUGACAUUAAGGAGACAGCGUCGAUAGGUUCUUGGAGUGCGUUUAUAUGGUUAUGCUUGAUGACAUUAAUCAUCGCGGUUUUGUCCGAGUAUGUUGUGGGCACAAUUGAGGAUGCAUCAGAAUCAUGGGGAAUAUCUGUGAGUUUUAUCAGCAUAAUUUUGCUACCUAUUGUUGGUAACGCGGCAGAACAUGCUGGAUCCGUUAUAUUCGCCUUUAAAAACAAGCUGGAUAUAUCUCUAGGCGUCGCAUUGGGUUCCGCAUCUCAAAUCUUGAUGUUUGUGGUUCCUCUGUGUGUGAUUGUUGCAUGGAUAAUGGGAAUAAACAUGAGUCUGGAUUUUGGAAUUCUUGAAACUGGUUGUCUUGCCUUCUCAAUUUUCCUUACAGCCUUCACUUUACAGGAUGGAAGUUCACACUAUCUGAAAGGAGUAAUUCUUACCCUUGCCUAUGUAGUCAUUGGUGCAUGCUUCUUUGUUCAACAUGUUCCUUUUGCAGAUGAAUCAAACAACAACAACUUGGAGCGAGUAUCGAAUGCAGUUGCUUGAUUAGCUAUUUUUAUGUGUUAGCUCUCUAAUGGUCGCCUAGCUAGCCUCGUAUAUCUGAACUCGGUUCCUGUUACUUGUCAACCAGAAGUUCACAGUUUCAAAGAUCAUAUGGAAUCUUUAAUAUCUGUAUGUGAGGGCUUAGAGAAUUGACAUGACAAGAGGACCCAACUUAUUUGUUUUCAUGGUUUAGAAUUUAAGUAAUUGUAAAUGGUAAGUGUUUGUUUGUUUGUU